CUAUCACCAUGAAAAUCACCCUUGCUCUGCUCUUCGCCCUGGCAGAGGCCAUCGAGGUCAUCCCUCCAGCCCGAGUCGCUCUCACCACCAUCACCGCCACCUCCGUCGACAUCGUCACCUCCACCGCAACCACCGCCGUCGCCGUCACCUCCUCCCUGCCCUCCUGCACCGUCGGGUCCGCCGAGCCCACCGCCGCCUCGUGUGUCCCCUCGCUCUGGUCGUCGGGCAGCCUCUUCUACUCGCAGCGGUGCUCCUCGAACUAUGUGGGCGACGGCAGUCUGCUGAGCGUCCUCCCAGAGGUCCCCUUCACCUCCUGCCGCGACCUCUGCAUCGCCUCGACCUCCUGUGCCGGCUUCAACUAUCUCGGCAUCAUCACCUACUGCGAGCUGACCUGGGGCACCGCCCUCACCUGGAACACGGCCGGUGCCUCGUACGACCAGGCCAUGUUGAAAUACACCACCAAUCCCUGCGAAAUCAUCACCUCGUCCACCGAGACUGUCGUUGAUACCUUUACCACUACUUAUACCACCGUCUAUGUCGAGACUAUCUCUACCUCAGCCAUCUCUAGCUCAGCUAUCUCUAGCUCAGCCAUCUCUAGCUCAGCCAUCUCUAGCUCAACCAUCUCUAGCUCUUCAGCUAUCUCUACCUCUGCAGCCAUCUCUUCUAGUUCAGCUACUGCCAGUUCAGCAGUAUCCUCAGCCAAUCAUACCAUGACAGACACCGUGGUUGUCUACAGCCUGACCUCAACGAUUUACACCACAGAUAUAUCCACAGUCUAUGACUGCGAGUAAUUAUAUAGACUUUCAAUUAUGUCAAACUAGAAGCUGCUUGGAAUACUUUUCGUAUAGAUCGGGAUACCAUCUCUUGCCUACAUCCGGAUGACUCAAGAUGCGAUUGCGAAGAUGCGCCUCGCCAAACUGACCCAUUAGUAGAAGAACAGAUAUAAGAGAGAAUACUUACACAUUGGUAUAACGGCGAGAGAAACUCGCUCGGCACAUCCACCGCAUUCUUCUUCUCAUUGUCGGCCGCCGGGAUGCGCUCGACGAUAUGGCUCGCCGACGCCUUCAAUUCAUCCA